AACACUUCGGAACAUAUCACUUGGCUCAAAACCCUCUGAAACAAAACGGAGAAACCUCACUCCUCUGAUUCUCUCUCUCUCUCUCGUGACAAUUAACCAGUAUCUCCACUGCCAUGGCUUCUUUUUCUCCGAAUCUAACGUUAAAACUCUUAUGUUGUUAAGGAGAGACCAAUAUUAGGAUAUGGGAAAAGCGUCGAAAUGGUUCCGGAAUCUCUUGGGAUUCAAGAAACCCAACCCGAAAUCGCCUUCUUCCCCGACUGCCAUCCGCUCCGCCUCUAAACAUCACCAGAAGCGACGAUGGAGCUUCGUCAAAUCCAUCCGCGAGAAUGACGCGACGGCAUCCUCAACGGAACGCGCUCAUUUUUCGUCGUAUGCACACGGACAGAAGAAGGGAGAGGAGGGUUACGAGGUGGAGGAUCCGGACGAGCACGCAAUCGCGGUGGCGGCGGCCACCGCCCAGGUAGCAGAGGCUGCGGUCGCGGCUGCUGAAGCCGCCGCCGUUGUUGUCCGGCUAACCAACUCUAGUGGCAGAUGUGCAGGAAAUCGCACAACUCAGUUUAGCUGCGGUAAGAACGAGAAGAAGAAUUACUGUGUAGCUCGUGACGAGGAAGAAUUGGCCGCUGUUAAGAUACAGUCUGCUUUUCGUGGAUAUCUGGCGAGAAGGGCAUUGCGUGCCUUGAAAGGAUUGGUUAGGCUUCAGGCACUUGUUAGGGGUCACAUUGAGAGGAAGAAAACUGCAGAAUGGUUGCGGCGAAUGCAAGCUUUGUUGCGAGCACAGGCACGUGCACGUGCAGGACGUGCCUUAGUUUCUGAAUCAACCAGCAAAUCUUCCCAUUUCCACCAUCCUGGUCCACCCACACCUGAAAAAUUUGAACAAGCGGUCCGGUCCAAGAGUAGAAAACAUGAACAACAACCAAUGCUUAAGAGAAAUGUCUCAAAUUCAAAUGAUAGAGUGGGUAAUAAUACUGACAAAGCACAUAUUGGCGGGAAUUCAUCCGAGCAUUGGAUAGAGGAACGUCCAUGGGAUCACCGAGUACCAUCAGCUAGAAUUGGUGCCAUGGAUAAUGAAAAGAAUGACAAGAUCCUUGAAAUCGACACUGGAAGACAGCAUUACCUACCCAAACGUAGGAACCUUUUUCAUUCUUCUCAUCUUAUAGUGUCAUUGGACCAAUAUAGUAACAGCUUCGCCACUUCAAAGGAGUCGACAGUGCACCAAAGAGUGCGUAGCCCAUCAUCCGGUGAGGUCCAAUCUUUAAGUCCAUUAAAGUUCUCUCAUGAAGGGGAGGAAAGUGCUUUCGGCACCGCUGAUAACAGUCCACAAUUCUAUUCUGCAUCAUCCCGGGGCGGAGUAUCUAAAAGAAGCCCUUUUACCCCGACAAAGAGUGAUGGUGCAAAUAGCUACCUAAGUGGGUACUCAGACCAUCCAAACUACAUGACUUACACAGAAUCUUCAAAGGCUAAGGCAAGGUCUCUUAGUGCUCCAAAGCAAAGACCCCAGUACGAGAGAUCGAGCUCAGCGAGAAGGUAUUCCCUUUAUGGGUCUGGUGAUUCAAAAUCCAAGGUUUCAAAAUUGCAUGCCAACUUCGCAAAUAAAGCUUAUCCAGGAUCAGGCCGCCUAGACAGGCUAGGCAUGCCUGUUGGAUUUAGAUACUAAACUUGGAGAUAUUGAAGGCUUUUUGGUAUAACCUUGUGUAGCAUUUGGCUAACUAUUUGCUUAGAACCCUUGGGAUAUUGUUCUCCAAGAUGCUCUCUGUUGGUUCUUUAGGUUUUAAAUUUAAGUAUGAUUGGAAAGCUAUGUAACUUUCUAAGCAUUUUACACUUCGCUUGGUUUAGAAAUACUCUAACCUUCAACAUGACACUGCUAGUUAGACAUAUUUGUAUGUGGGUAUAAGUUAACAAGUAAAAGCUAAGUAUCUGAUUCUGGUCUAA